AUGGGCGGAUGGACCAUGCCUAUGUGGUGCCAUCUCUUUGUUCAAACGCUCACGGAAGCUGCUCGCGUGUGGUUUAACAGCCUCCCAACUGGAAGAAUAAAAUCAUGGAUCGAUUUUCAGGAACAAUUCCUAGCCCACUUCAGCCAGCAAAGGCGAUACAGGCGCGACACAGCUGAAGUUAUGGACAUUUGGAGACGAGAAAAUGAAGGUUUGGAAGAUUUUAUCACUCGCUUUAACAAGGAGUGCUUAGAAAUUGGUGGAGUGAGCAAAGAUCUGAUGCGCGCCCACUUGAAGAAGGCAAUCCGUUGUGAUAGUCUAAUCCAGACUAUCACAGGCAGAGGCGAGGAUCGUUACUCGAGAAACAAUGCGUGCGAAUCUAACAGGCGCAACAAGCACAAAAACCCUGGCGGGAAACCAAGCAGUACGUCCAGUGGUUAUGAAGAAAGGCCUCGAUUCAAGGAGGAUACGCGCGAUGCAAUCGAUCGAAUCGGUUACCGCAAGGCGUUCAAGAACGAAAAUAGAGAGAAGCACUGGACUCCGUUAAUCAAGACACCUAAGGAGGUUCUUAUGACGGAGAAUCAUGAUUUCAAAGCUCCAAAGCCAAUGUCAAACAAGAAGGGUCAAGACCCUAAUCUUUAUUGUGACUUCCACAAGGAUAGAAGCCAUCUGACUGAUGACUGUAUCCGUUUAAGACAGGAGAUUGAGAAAGCUCUUAAAAGUGGCAAGUUGAGCCACUUAGUAAAGAACGUGCGCAAGGAGACGCUCCAGAUUCAAAGGAAUGAUGAAGGGGGUCAGAAGAAAGUCCGCAGGUUGGAAACACACAUGGUCGACGGACAAGAAAGAGCAUGA